UGUAAAGCCAUGAGAGGAAACAAGCCAACAGAGUAACAGGGACUGCACAGAGACCAGAAGUUCAUGAGAGAGCUUUUCUUCAUUGUAUUUUUAUUUCAUUUAAUUUUUUAGUAAUGAAGUUUGAUCAUGUUCAGGUUUUUACUGCUGCACUGACACACAAAAGGAUUAUUUUACUUGUCGGAUCAUCUCUGGCGACGUGAUCUGACAUUUAUCUACCUCAGCAGCUCCUGUUGGGAAACUGGGAAUCCGAUUCCAGCCGUCACCCUACCUCUAACUUCAUCCCUCCAACAUGAGCGAUAACAGGGAGAGACAAUGGCGAGAGGGGAGCCGCAGCCAGAGCCAGGGACCCCAACUGGCCCCCAACGUCAAGCCCAAACUGGGCCAGAAGGAGAGGAGCAGCAAGGAGGACCAGUUGAAGAGGGAGAAGACACCAAAACCUCGACGAUCCAGGAGUAUCGACUCAGAGAGGGGGGAAAGAGGGAGGAGGAGAGAAAGAGACAGGCACCACAGAGAGUGGCGACAGCGUGGAAGGAGCGAGGAGGCCCGGAGACGAGACAGGAAAGAUAGGGAGAGCGACCGCAGGAAGGUGAAGCCCCCUGAAGAUGACGUGGAGGAGACCGAGUGCGCCAUUUGCUUCUGCUCCUACGACAACAUCUUCAGGACCCCAAAGCUGCUGGUGUGCGGGCACACCUUCUGUCUGGAGUGCCUCGCUCGCAUCAACGUGACCUCCCCUGAGCUCAAGACUCUGUCGUGCCCUGUGUGUCGUGAGCUGACCGAGAUCCCACAUGGCAAGGACCUGCCACGCCUGGGCAACAAUGAGGACAUCAUCAGCAAACUCCCAGCGGACAUGCAGAGGGUACUGUCCAUCCGCUUCAAGCGCAACAAGGGAAAACUGGUCCUGAAGAACCCUCCUCCCACCAGCCCCACCAAGGCUACAGCCAUCACGCUGCCUAAGAAGAGUCAGGACGGGCAGGCGACAGCAGGCGGUGACCUCGAACUCAAUGCAAUGGAGCAGAGUAUGGUACAAGCCACUGUGGUGGAUGUAGGUCGGCCUCCAAGCAGGGUGAGAGGUCGCCUGCGCAGGUUGUUCCGCUCGGACCGGUGUUACUACGCCGUGGUGGUGACCAUCAUUGUCAUCACUGCGUCGCUCAUGCUGGUGGGGAUUCUGGCCUUUGUGAUCGUACCGAACAUGGUCAUUCACCAGCUGCCCCCCCAACAAAACCAGACGUCAAACAGUACACCAGGAAGUGGAGGUGGAUUCACUAGACCCUGAAGGGACAGGGACAAUGUGUUGUAGAGAUAAGACUCAAGUGGAGGAAUUGAAUGUCACACACACACACGUGGGAUUCUCAGAUAUACUUUUGCCUCCAUUGUUUGCGCUUGGUGGGAAAUGGAGAUGGAAAAUCUAAGCACUGGGACUCGUGAGGAGAAGAAAUGAAGGAAAACAAGGACGGCAACUUUUUAUUAAACAGGUUUAACGUGCACAUGAAGGAAAAAGGGGAAACUCACAAAUAUUUUUUUUUACCUUUGUGUUCUUUUGGGAACAUGUUUGUGAUUUAUUGUGAAAUACCCUGUGUGUAAGGAAACUGCUCAUAAUGAUGAAUAAGCUGUAAAUGUUGAAAUGCACUAAACUCUGAUCAUGAAGUCUUGAGUAUCUUUUUAUUGCAUCAGGCUGAGCUCAGAUACCAGUUCAUUGUUUCUCAUUGUACAUACGCAUAUAGAUGAUGUGUAUAUUUAAUAUAUUUUCUCUUUUCCUUUCUAAGAAUUGACUUUGUUCAAGAUCAUAUCCUCGUAUCACCUAGAGCUGUUUGCUGUUGAGACACUGAAAACUCAUUGCUCAGUAUUUCCAAAGCACAAGAUGACACUUCUAUCUCUAAAAGAAUCUGGGUUUAUUGAAAAUGUAAUUUGGAAAUUAAACACUGGUCAGCUUGCUCCUAA